AUGGCUCCUCCACGAUUACAAUGCCUCAAUUCGAUACGGGCGGUCUCAAGGAAGGCUCUAUCCUUGAAAGCUACAUUCUCUACAUCUCAUGUUCGCGCUGUUGAGAUUCCCACCACUAACACCGAACGAGAAUUCGAUCUCUCUGAUAUCUCCCGUCCCGUCGGCCGUAUCCAACUGCCUCGGGGUAAGCCCCGGCGAGUCGGCCGGAUGGGCUCAAACCCUGAAGACACAACAUCACCAAAAGCAUCAUCAGCACGCGUCCAGCGCCUGGUUGAACAGUCCUUCGAUAAGAAAAAAAAGUAUUUUGACGACAAAGCGGCUGCAACCCGCACGAUGACGGAAAUACAACAACAGAAAUUGUCUGCGAAUUUGAGUAAACAAAUCUCACGACGGUUCAUGCCAGGUGAUGUGUACGCGCCACACGAUUUGAGUGCCGUGGAAAUGGCGAAAUGGAAGCGGAGAGGCAGGCCAAUGUAUGAUGCAUUUGAUGCCUUGAACCUAAAUCCAAUAGAUCAUUAUAGGAAUUUCUCCAUGAUUUCCGAAUAUAUAACACCGAUGGGGAGGAUCAGGCACUCUAAGGAAACUGGGCUACGACCUGUAAACCAGAGGAGAAUCGCGAAGACUAUCCGGAGGACUAUUGGCAUGGGUAUUAUGCCUAGUGUGCAUAGACAUCCCGAGAUAUUACAGAAGCUGUUGACCAAGAGCCAAAGUCAAAAUACUGGGCAAUAUCGUUAA